AUGAGCAGGAAAUUGCGCAGCGGACGCAACUACGACGCAUCCAAGGUUCCUACCGCCCCCAAGAGGCGGGCCGAUAAACGCAUGGCUCCGAAAACAGCCAACCGCGUGGAACCCGAGACGUCAAACAAGACCACUGAUGAGCAAGCGAUUGUACCAGCGAGAAGAGUACAGCUCACCUUUGGCACCAUGCCCCAGGGCGCAAGAGAGCCAGGCGAGCGCAUGGUGGUGCUGGGUGUUGGGAAGCGCCAGGGAAUAGCCUUCGCCGACACCGAGGGAGUCAAGUUAUCUCCCUUGGCCUAUAUGGCCCUCACGCAACAAGACCCACCUAUCCGGAAGGUGUUGAGUUGGCCGUUGCCGAUUAACGAGACCCGCCGAGAAGCGGAUGCCCCCAUGAACAGGGAAGCGACCUCAGAACAGAGCGUCGAACUCGUCGAGCGAGCGUCGGUCGAGCAGACAAGCGCUCCCGCAUAUGCUGACGACCAGCGAACAGCUACGGAAGUCCCUACGACCCCCAACAUGGGUGCGGAAAGUAGGAGGGAAUCGGACGACAAGAUAUUUGUAACGGCUAGGACGAGUUGUGUACUAAAUGAGAGCAUCGUCCUGGACGAUGACGGUAAACCCGUGUUAGCGCAAUACAUAGUCAAUGAUGAGAGGGAAAGCGAGACACCUUCCAAGAAUAGUAAGCGCAAGCGUACCCGCCGUAAGUCCAAGGGUAAAGGCAAGGGAAAGGAGCUGGAUAUCAGUGUCAGCACCAAACCUAAGUCCACGGCUAAUCAUGAGGGCCUCACCUGGGACAAAGAAGUACGCCAAGCCAAUGGCGACGACGGGGGUCCAGGCGAUGUUGAGGAACUACCAGACGUUAGUGACUGGAUUAAUCCUAACUGGUCAUGA